UUGCUAUCUGUUUAGUUCCUCAGGUCUGAAUCCAAGCCGACUUCGAUCUUCUACUUCUCAUUCAUCUCCCUGCUCUGACCUGAAUAAUACAGAUUUUCCUUUAUUCUCAUCAAAAAAAAGAGGAAUUCAUCAGCUAAGCUGUGAUUCUGGGAUUUCUUCUCCACUUCCAUCAGAUAUAUUCAAGUAUGUUACCUGGCAUGAAUUAGAAGAACAUGAUGUUCAAGGGAGUCAAAUCUGCUGCCCCCGAGUAAGAAAAGGACCUUCUGAAGAAGAAUGUUUUUUUAGAGGAGAAGAAUAUGGUCGUUGUGCAAGAAAAAAAAUGACAGAAAAAGAGAGAUGGGAGCAGUGGUUACAAGAAGACUGGGAAAACUGUGUGAGUUUAAAUCUUUCAUAUCAAGAUCUGGGAGAUCCUUAUCAGAUAGACAACUGUAAAAGAAUUCUCCGCCGAUUAAUUCGAGUGGAGAGGCUUUGGCUGGUGGACAACUCCCUGACAGAUCUAAGUGCCAUAUGUUUGCCAAGGUGCAAAGAACUCAAACUCAGUAAAAAUCAUUUUACAUCCUUCAGACAGCUGCCAAAAAUACCUGAAAUUCAACACUUGUCCUUAGAUGAGAACAAUAUCACAGCCUUAAACGAAUUAUCAGCCUUGAAAUAUGCUCCAUUAGAAUCUCUUAUUCUCAAGAGGAACCCCUGUGAGUUUCAAGAAAACUACAGGCAGCUCGUGUUCUCCAAUUUGCCAAAUCUGAAGAUGCUGGAUGGGAUCCUAAAAUUGCCAGAGGACUGUCUUCCACUAGGAAGGAACUUUUUGUCUAAAUUAUGCACCAUAUUGUAGCAUUAUAUUUUCUAACAGGAUUGAAGGAUUUGCCAUGUUUAAAGGAAUAAAUCUUAGGGACACACAGCA